GCAAAAACCAAGACUUUGUUUCAAUUUUUGGGGCUGUUGAUUCUGCUCGGCUUAAGCUUCACGGGUUCGGCCGAUCACCCAAAAAUGCGUCGUGUUAGGGUCGGCCGACUCCACUGCAAUCCGGGGUUCGAAACAACCUGGAUUAUGGACCUUCCCGGUCCAAUAGAGUGAUCAGACCAUACCAUCUGCUACGCGGUGGAGUGCAUACCAAAACGGCUCAAUGGUUUUGGCUGGAUUCAUCUGAUCGAGUGACUACAUUGGGAAGGACCCGAGGGUCGGUACAAUCGACUAGUAAUACCGUGGCUCUAUCUACCACCGAGCCAAAUGCCGUGAAAAGGAUAUAAGGAAUGGCGUAUCGUGUUUUGGAAAGGGGUUGAGUGGUCAAGUCAAGUCUUUCGUUACUUUGUCUCUCGUUUUUCGUUCCCAUACCUCUUGCAGGGCAAGUCGUCAGUAUGGUGUUCCUCGCAAUGGCUCUCCCUCCCGGGCAGAUUCUGGAUAUCGCUGCUCCCAACAUGGUAUUUCCCGUGCUGGCUGUAGUUCUGAUCCCAUGCCUCGCUAUCCUGCUGCUGCAACUUCUGCCCAAGGGACCGGCCAUCAACGGAGUUCCUGGCUCGGUCCUGGACCUGUUUGUCUGCGGUAUUGAAACCAAAUGGGCUUUCCUCUCCGGAAAGAGCGCACAACAGUUCAACGCUCUGCACGACUCUUAUGGAAAGAUUGCCCGAUUUGCUCGUGGACAAGCCACCACCAACACCAUCAAGGGCCUGCGCGGCAUCUAUGGUACUGGAUCCGGCAAAGGCAGUGCCUUUCUCAAGACGGGCUUCUACAAGAGCAUCUCCCGUCGCAACAUCUUCACAGCCUCAGACCCCGACUACCAUUCCAGGGUGCGCAAGCUGUUCGGUCCCUCGCUUAGCCCGGGAAGUAUGAGUGCCCAUGCUGGUGUGGUCCGGGAGUGCAUCCUGCGCUUCCACCAUGUCAUCAACGAGAAGCUGGAGAAGAGCAACACCCUGAGCCUGAACCAGUUGUUGUAUUGUCACUCGGUUGACACCGUUUCUGAAGUCCUCCUUGGCAAGCCCCUGGGAUGUCUCAAGCGCGGCAAGCCGUACUUCUGGACCGAGCAGCUUCCUCGUAUCUUCUUCUGGGCCACGGUGCGCGACCAAUUCGAUGGAUCAGGCGUUCCCACCGUCAUGAAGUGGAUGCUGCGUCGCAUUCUGCGCAAGGGCAUCCGAGCCCGCAGCGAGGAGGCCCGCAUGAGACUAAUCAACGAGCAAUUGCAUGCCUCGCAUGGUCGCCGUGACAUCAUGGUCGAAGUGAUGGAACGCGCUGGGACCAGCGAUUUACCGCAAGAGGAAAUUGCUGAGAACUUCUCGGCCAUCAUGCUGGCGGGAUUCCACACCACCCAGAAUGCCCUGUGCGCCGCCAUCUACUUCGUAUUGACCCACCCGGAGGCUCACGCGAAACUGGUGCGGGAGUUACAGGCGUCCUUCUCCGGUGCCGACGACAUGUCCGGAGAGGCUGUCCAGCAACUCUCCUACCUCAAUGCCGUGAUCACCGAGGCUCUUCGUCUCUACCCUCCCGUGCCCCUGGGUGGACCGCGUGUUUCGAAGGGCGCCUACGUUGAUGGCACAUACAUUCCCGAAGGCACGGAAAUCUGCACUUCGCUCUUCGCGCUGCAUCACAACCCCGAGUACUUCAACGCGCCUUGGGAGUUCAUUCCGGAACGCUGGACGGAACCGGGAUGCACCGACAAGAAGGAAGCAGUGCAGCCAUUUCUGGUGGGCAGCCGGUCCUGCAUCGCCAAGUACUUCGCCAAACAGAUGAUGCAGCUGACGCUGGCGGGCUUCUUCCUGGACUACGACGCCCAGUAUGUGGGCCGCGUCAAGGAUUGGCAGCGCGAGAGCCGGUGCUACGCUUUCUGGGAGUUACCCGAUCUGAAGGUGAAACUUCAGAAGCGACAGGGAGCCAACUGA